AUGAGUCGAGAACUGCAACGACGGCGGACGCGCGUCGCGUCGCGUCACCCUCUCCGUGACACACGCGCCGUUACCGUUUUCCCACGCAGCUCCGUCUUCGUGUUUCUCUUCCGUCCAGUCACUGCGAAGGCAAUGAUACCGUCGAUGGACUCUGAAAACGCCACCGAACUAUGGAAACUACCCAAGACGGAAUCGUGGACAUCUUUGAGGAAAUUUUACCUGCGCACGUUCACUCCCUCCCUCCAAGAAUACUCUCUUCAGGUUCUAGACAUUCGGCGUACAACUCGUCUAUUGUCUUCCAGGGCGCUCCACUCCUUCUGGUUCUGGAUGUCUCACAACACAACACCGGGUCUGCCACUCUGGGACGUUGCGGGACGUCAUUCCCUGCGGCCCAAAUCUGGAGUAAUUGAGAUCCACAGCAUGUCUUUUCUUGCCUUCGCUUCACUAUUAUAG